AUGGAGGCAAGUGAAGGGAAGAGCAAGAAACCAGGAGCGUCACGCCUCUGCUGCUUAUGCAACCAGAGACGCCCCGUCCUCAAACGACCCAAAACCCUUCAACAGAUAUGCAGAGAGUGCUUCUACGAGGUCUUUGAGGAGGAGAUUCAUCAAGUAAUUGUUGGGAAUCGUUUAUUCAAAUCCGGUGAACGCGUUGCUAUUGGUGCCUCUGGUGGAAAAGAUUCCACAGUUUUGGCGUAUGUGUUAUCAGAACUAAACAGACGUCACAAUUACGGUCUGGACCUCUUUCUCUUGUCCAUAGAUGAAGGGAUUACAGGUUAUCGUGAUGAUUCUCUUGAGACAGUUAAACGAAAUGAAGUCCAAUAUGGGUUGCCUCUUCAGAUUCUUUCGUACAAAGAUCUGUAUGGAUGGACAAUGGACGAGAUUGUGAAAAUGAUCGGUUUGAAGAACAACUGCACCUUUUGUGGUGUAUUCCGUCGACAGGCACUUGAUAGAGGAGCUGCGUUAUUGAAAGUAGAUAAGCUAGUUACUGGACAUAACGCAGAUGAUAUAGCAGAAACCGUUCUCUUGAACAUAUUGCGAGGGGAUAUUGCUAGAUUAAGUCGGUGCACAUCGAUUACUACUGGUGAAGAUGGUCCCAUUCCAAGAUGUAAACCUUUCAAGUAUACAUACGAGAAGGAGAUUGUCAUAUAUCCUUCACUAUUAAAAUUAAAUUUUGAUACCUUAACAUAUGAUAUACGUAUGCUUAUUUCAAGAAGCUGGACUACUUCUCCACCGAAUGUAAGUAUAUACUCUCCUAAUGCGUAUCGUGGCUUCGCUCGUGAGUUCAUCAAAGAUUUGGAAAGACUAAGGCCAAGGGCGAUUCUUGACAUCAUAAAGUCUGGUGAAGAUUUUAGAAUCGCAACAACCACAAAGAUGCCUGAGCAAGGGACGUGUGAGCGAUGCGGGUACAUUUCUAGCCAGAAAUGGUGCAAAGCUUGCGUUUUGUUGGAAGGACUGAACCGUGGUUUGCCUAAGAUGGGUAUUGGAAGAGCUCGAGGCGGCGUCAAUGGUGAUCAUAAGAAGGAAACAAAGAAGCCUCCUGCAUCUGCUGCAAAGUCGUUAGAGAGCAAACAAUGUGGAUCUCUUGAUUUCUAA